AGAGAAAAGCUGAGGAGGGCAGACAUCAUUUCUAUCGCAGCGUCUGUGGACUUACCGCACGAACGCACAGAAAGAAGAAAAGAAAUCAGAAUAAGUCUCUGAUAAUUUAAAUUAUUUCACAAAAAGUAGCCAUGGCCGAUACAGCUGUUGACACAACCGCCACUACAGAGGUUACAGCCAAGGAGCUGAAAGAGAAAAAAGAGGUGAAAGAAGUAAAAGAAGUAGAAGCAGCAGCAGAGGACAAGAAGACCGACAGCGGGGACGCACCUGCCAAUGGCACGAAUGGUGCUGAUCAUAGUGACAAAAAGGAAGAAAAACCCACGGAGAAGGAACAGAAGAAUGGAAGCGAGAAAGCAGCAGAAGAGGCGCCCCCUGCUGAAGAGACUGAUGCAGCGCCUGUGAAGCGUGCAGCAGAAGAAGAGGAGGAGGAAGCGGAGGAGAAAAAAGCUGAGACAAAAAAGCAGAAGACUGAAGAAAAUGGAGAUUCGAAAGAGGCACAAGUGGAGGCUUAGGUCUUCUCCCUGCUACUUGUUUGCAGCACUGUCUCACCAGCCUGGUCAACAUUGUGUUAUAGAGCUUGUGCUUUCUGUCUAUGGAAGAGAUUUUUUUUUUUUUCCCCUUCAUGUCACUUUGGUUCCUCCCAUGUUGUCACAUUGCACUGGAGUUUUAAAACUUAGUGGCCCUGCAUCUUUUUUUUUUCCUUAUGAAAUGUUAUUUAUUGGUCUUUAAAAUGAGCUUUUUUUUUUCCCUUUUUUUUUUUUUUUUAAACUACUUGUAGAAUUCGGGCCACACCAUGAGAUCAGUUUUUGUUUUUGAUUUCCUGACAUUUCACAUCAGUUCUUUUUUUAGAAGCACAAUCUCUAUGAAGUCGGUGCUGACCAGAUGAUUCAUACAUAAAGGCAGCUGCUCACCUCCAAUGCUCAUGUUGACCUCUUCGACACAUUUAAAGGACCAAAGAUAAGUUUUAAGCAGGGGAUAAUGGACAGUCGUAAGAAAUAUUAGUUAAAGCAUCAAUGUUUUCUGUUGAGCUGCUACUUAAUCCCUGGCUACCCUGUUAACGUAACAGAUGGUGCAUAUGAGUGAAGGGGCUGUCUUGCACCUCCACAAAUAGUUUGACCCUUGUGUGGAGGAGGUAUUUUGCAAUGUUAAUUAACCCCUCUUAAAUCUUAAAGCUUUGGUCAUUUGUUCUGUAUGCAUUCCACGCAAGUUUGUACCAUUUAUACAUUGUUUUUCUUGCAUUUUUCGAGUUUUAUGUUAUGGUUGGGUAGCCCAGUUCUAUGUACAAGACUGCCUUUUUCAAAUUCAGAAUGGCAUUCGGUUACUUCAGCCAUUGCUUUGUAUAUUCUGAUAAACAAAUAAAUUUGUCUUUUUACUUAA